AUAUUUGCAUUUUGGCCAAUAUUACCACUUUAAUUUAUGAGAAGUUUUGGAAUAGUAGAAUGGUUUCCGGUGCUUGGGUUACUCCAUCGCUCCCUGUCUGGCAUCAAGGGUUUAAGAGAGCCGAAAAGCUAACUGCCUCUCUCUCUCUCUCUGUGGAUGAUGGAGGACGCAGUGAGGCUUCGAGUGGUGUUCGAGGAUCGUCAUAUGCUGAGCAAGUCGCAGAAGCUGGGGGGACUGAAGCGAAGCUGGUUUCUCCUUCAAUCCCAACACUAUGACACCAUUUCCGAUUUCGCUUCCCACCUUCUUCACGUUUUUGACCUCCAUGACUCUUGCCCUAAUGGCCUCCUCCUCUCUAUGGACGGCUUUAUUUUCCCACCUUUUGAGUCGACUUGUAUACUAAAAGAUAAAGAUGUUGUCUGUGUGAAAAGGAAGCGGGGCACAUUGUCUGAUAUUAGCAAGACAGCUCAUGGGUCUAGCUCUUUUGAGGAAGAUGAAAUUGUGGAGAAGCAACCUGUGCUUACUGACACGAAGCUUCUAGCGAACGAGGAGUUUGAGAAGCAGAGUGGAGGGUACCAAAGUGAACCGGAUGAAGAUGAAUGUGAGGGUCCAGGGCAGACGUCCCCUCUGGAAAAUGCAUUGGUUGGAAAUAGAAAUUCCAAGAAAAGAAAAGCACCAAAGAAACUUGAAAGCUCAAAGAGGAAGAAAAUAUGUCAUGUACUUCCUGAAGAUGCUGGAAAGGAUCUCCACAUAGAGCCAAUUGGUCAUCAUGAUGAAGUCCUUCCCAGGAAGAGUCCACGAAAGACACGGAAGUCAUCUAUUGUAAAGGGAAAAACAGAUGCAGUGAGCAUACCUGAAAUUGCCAGAAACAGUAUUGAGUGUAUGCCUAGUCUGAAGAUGUCCGGAGAGAUCCAAGAAAAUGCCAUGCAGUGUGUGGACGUAUCCAAUGUAACUGAUGGUAUUAAAAAGGUCCCUAGUAGAAGUGCUCGACGUAAGAAGGCCAAGAGGAAAUGGUUGCGAGAACGGGCUAUAGUUGAAAAGAAAGACGUAUGCCAAGGAAAUGAGGAUCCUAGAAUUCCUAUGGAACAUCAACAUCAGGAUCAAAAUAAUGAAAUGGAAAAUGAUGUUGUUGAAUAUCAGCAUCAGGAUCAAAAUAGUGAUGUGGAAGAUGAUGUUGUUCCUGUAGUGAUUAGGCCGGGACAUAUUCGCUUUGAGCCUUUGGGGAAAGAGCAGGUUGCCCAGCAAAAUCAAGUUCCAGCGGAAACCUUUUGCUGGAAUGGAAUCACCAGCAAGAAAAAGGGUCAGAAAUGGGGCAGAGAGAAGUUCUCAUCAUGUGGAAGGAAUGGUUAUGCAGAUUUCGGCCAAGAGCAUCCAGAUGUGCUGGCCUAUGAAGAAGAGACACCAAUACGUGAUCCCAGCAUCGUAGAUUUUGAUAAGCUUCCCCCCCUGGUUUCCAUGCCUAAGGAAGGUGAUAUUCUGGCAUAUCGUCUGAUAGAGCUGUCAUCAUCCUGGACCCCUGAGCUUUCUUCCUUCCGGGUUGGAGAGGUAUCGUCCUAUGACACAGACUGCAAUAAGAUCAUACUGCUACCAGUCCCAGAAUAUCCUAUUGUUUCUGAGAACUUAGAUGAAGAUGGAUCUGCACUGCCUCCAGAUACCUCCCUUUACAGGGAAGAUGGAACAUUGGAGAUAGACUUUAGAUCCCUUGUUGAUAUUCGAAUUGUCAACUCGCAUCCUGUAAAAGCAGUUGCUGGAAAAGUCAAUGGAGCUACUGCAGGCAACCAAGAAGCUGCAUCAGGUGCUGCACCCAGUGUUGAAAACAAAGAAACGCAUACUCCUAGUACAGGUACAUACAUUAGUAGUUCUUUUAGAGUUGCUGAUAAAGUCAAUGGAGCUCCUGUGGGAAAUCAAGAAGCUACAUCAGAUGUCACACCCAAAGUUGACAAUAAAGAAACCUGUACUCCUUGUACAGAAAAUGGAGAAGCAAGUACUUGGGAUGAAAUCAGCGAGGCUUUAAGGGAAAAGAAGGCACAGCUUUCUCAGGGAGAUGGACAUAAGGAGAGUUCAGGAAGGCGCCCCGGGUCAUACAGAGCAUUGAGAAGCAGCGCACUAGGCCCAACAAUGGCACUUUUGAGAGCAAAAAAUGACUUGUAAUGACUGCUUGAACUAGCACGAGGGCACUUCCCGUUAAUGGCUUCCUUCAGUGUUCCAUAUCCCCUAAUGUGUUCCAUGGUUUAACCUUGGAUCCGAAAUUUAAUCUUCAGAGCAAAUUGCCACUUUGGGAUGAGCUUAUUUAAAAGAUAGCCUUUGAAAGUUACCUUCCAUGCCAAAAAGGUUUUUGAAAAAACUGUUUGUAAGUUAAUAUUGACAAGAUGAAACAAGAUGUUGAUCAUUUGCCUUCC